AAUUUUUUCGGCAGAUCGCGAUUGUAUUUUGAGGUGUAAACAUAACCUGGGGAGGAAAUCUGAGGGCCUGACGUUUGGAGGAAUAUUCGGGAGUCAUUACUGAAUUUUGGGGGUGAAGGUGGGAGGAUAUUUUUAGGAUUGAGACAGGAAUUUGGGAAUUUGUGGGAAAUUUAUUCUCAGAUACCUGGGAGAUGGCUCUCACGAGUCGAGUAAUUUCUCUCCUGCGCUCGAAGACGACUUUCAACGAGUUGAAUACUGUGGUGAGGAGAACAGCCAUUACAACUCGAUCAGGAGCUGUCCUGCCCAGGCCAAAACGCGAGCCCUUCGGUUUCCUCAGGGUAUUCUUCGGAGUUGCCAUCGGAGUGAUGAUUGGCGCGACCCUGAGCAAGAACAUCGCCAACUUCCUCGAGGAGAACGAUUUAUUCGUCCCCAGUGACGAAGACGACGACGACUAAUCCAUAAAAAUUAUUUU